UUUCUGAAGGACAAGCUUGAUGUUUUGAAGACGACAAACAACACAACAUUCUUUCGGAUACGAUUCCAUCGAAGUUUUGUCUGAGCGUGUUAGGCUCUUGCACAAUUCUCUUUCAAGCAUCCCCUCUCACUUCUUCUCCCUUCCUCUGUAUCUUCAUCUUACAACUUGUCACACCAUCCAUCAGCGAGGCAUUUCCGCCACAAGCAUGGACGAUCCACUCAAGGGAUAUUUCAACCACCAGGGUGUCAGACACAUCGGCUUCAAGAAUCAUCACAAGGAUGGACGCUCCUACCAUGGAUCCCUCAACCACCGACACCACCACUACAAUGUCAGACAACUCAACUCAAAGUAUGCCUACACGCGUCCCUUCCACAUGAUUCAUCCCGACAACUCCAAAUCACAGCCCCGACCCUCUUCCAUCUACCCCUUGAACUCCGCUACCAGAUCUACAACCAACUCCUCCAUUCCGACGGCAACAAAACCGUCUACAUGGAAAUCACCCUCGACCCCACCAGCGAUCUCGAUCCCAUCACCCGUCUCACCGCCGUGUCCCCGACAACUACGCACCAAAGUCCACAAACCCACUGCUUCUGAAUCCACCUUUUACAUCAAAGCGGGUGUGUUUACAGAAAUGACGUUGAAGCCUUACGCGGUAGCUUUGAAGAUUAGUAGAAUAUGUACUGUGGGAUCGGGAAGCUACAUACAGAGAUGGCGAUGCCUCAGCAUGGGUAAAGGAUGAUGGUCCAGCUCAGGUUCUGGAAAUUGCGUGUACUGGUUAUUGGU